AUGGAGUGUUUUUUCCUCACCUUUGUUCUCGUCGCCUCGACAUUGUGUCAUUCCGCUGGCGUCGGCGCCAAAGACUGGGAUGAAGUGAUGGUGGGAAGACCGAACCACGGCAGCCUCUUAAGAUGCAUCGAUAGGGAAGCGAGGGGCGUCGUGGACAUCAACUGGGUGGUCAAGCCACUCGGUGCGGAUGACUGGAAACUGGCGCUGUCGGCCAACAAACGCGAAAAAUUCUCCGGCGUCGCCUACCAUCCCUCCAUGCGCCUGGCUGACCCGUACUUCUAUGACACGGGGGAUUUCUCUCUAUUCUUCCAACCCACCAUGCACGAUGUUGGCCUUUACAAGUGCUUCAUUAAGCAGCAGGGGAGGAUAGUCAAGAAGAAGACAAUACUUGUGGCCUUCAUGUCCGUCACCACCACACCGCGCAGCCCCGUCCCUCAGCAGAGCACCCUGAGUCUGAUUGCCAAGCUCACCCCCGAGUUUGCCGUCGACCGGGUCACCUGGAUAUCUCCGGAUGGUCGUUCCUUAAAAACGGAGCGAAAGCCCGACAGUGGAAUAGUGGCCAAACUUCCCCAAGUGUCAUACAGCGACGUCGGGCGCUACACCUGUCGCUGUGUGGUGCAUCCUGACUCCGUCUUCGAUUUCACUGUCCUCGUCACCGUUGAUGCUCUCAGCGUGGCCUCGUUCACCAACGUAGUGCACGGCCCCCCGAUCUCCACCGCCACUCAGGCCGAGAUGCCCUUCCACCUGACCUGUCCCGGCGUCCAAGGGGACUACAUCCUCCUAUACUGGCAAGCACCAAAUUCCACCCUGAGCAAGCUGGUGUACCAGUACGAUCGCUGGAGGGAUACCACUCUGACCACGGCGCAAAGCCAGGAGCUGCAACUGGCCGGCUCGCCCGGCAACGCAGAGUCCGGGAUCUUCUCCUUCAUCCUCACGCCUGGCCUCGAGGAUGGCGGAGUCUAUAUCUGCGACGUGCUCCUGAAUGACCACGCCUUCAGCCAGAGGACCCUGCUGAGCGUGCUGAAAGUGACGACCAGCCGCUCGGCCUCCAAGCUGGUGCUGGACUGUCUCUACAGCGAGCUGUCCGAGGUCCAAAGUGCGAUGUGGGAGCACCACAACAAGAGUCAUGGGCUGGAAAUGAUGAGCAGCGGCCUUGGGAGUGUGAAGACUUACAUCCCCUUACCCGUCACCCCCGACACAGCUGGAAACUACACCUGUACCUUGCAGCUAAGCAAUGGCCAGACGGUCAGCGCCACACACGUGGUCAAGCAACAAGAGAGCGUCGGCGUCCCUGCACCCUCGCAGCUCUCCUCCCUCUCCGCUUUAUUACUUUUGGCGCCCCUGUUUGCCGCGGCUGUUGCUGUGUUGCUAUGGAGACAGAAGCACAUCUCCAAUCGCGCUAUUGAGCAGUCCCUGUCCAUGCAUUCAGGCGAGGCGGAGAACAUCUAUGAGAAUCCCGAAGAUGUCAGACAGGUGGCUCCUCCGGGUUCGGUCUACAUGGAUUUAAAGCCAAGAAAGGAUGAUGUUUAUAAGGAACUGGAGCGAAACGAGCAAUGUCAGAGCUGAUCACCUCCAGUAACUCCUCGCCGUCACCUCUGCCCGCCUAUAUGUGCAGCAGCGGGAAGGAACACAGCGUGAACAAGAUGUUAUAAUUGGCUUUUAAAUAGCCCGAGGUGGUUGAAUGUGAAGGAACUGUACUUAAUUGCGGGUUUAUUUUAGUUGUAAUUAUAGCACAUAAUCAGAGAUGGGGGUUGUUUGGUGACGAAGUGGUUAGCAUGGUGACCGCAUAGGCAGGAGAGGUUUCAAAUCUGUGUGAAGUUUGCAUGUUUUCUGUGCAUGAAACUAAAUUAAGGCCAAAUGUUUUUUACUAGGAAAUAGAUAAACUUUUAAAUUGAAAAGAAAAAAUAAAUUUGAGUAAAAUAUA